AUGAAGGCUAGUUUCUCUCUUUCUCUCCUGGCCGCUCUUGCCUCGCUGGCGACGACAUUGGCUGAGCCGAUCCCAGUGGGCGGUCUUGCCUACGCAGACAACCAGAUGCAGCCCCUUGGCUUGGUGCGAAUGGGCCGCAUGUUCUCUGCGCAGGACUACACUGCCGACGCUUACGAUGCUGAAUCGUCAUCCGAUGAUGUCGAUCAGUCAUCUACCGAUCUAGAUUCGUCUGACACACCCGACUACAGCGGUGUUGAUGUCGUUACAACGAGCUUCGACUCUUCGUCGUUGGCACCGUCGUGCGAGUCAUCGGCUGCCCCUGCGGCGACUGCUGAUACUGCUUCGCCCCCUGCUGCUGACAGCAGUGAUAGUGCUGCUUCGGCUGAUACUGGAGCGUCGGCGAGCAGUGGCUCAUACUCUGCCUCACCGGCAGCGGCUCCUGCUGCUGCUCCGGCUUCGUCGGCUGCUCCAGUGACGGCUGCUGCCACAGGCUACGCAUCAGCUCCCUCAGGUACUGUAGCCACUGUGUUUGUGCCUGCCCCUGCUCCUGCUGCUACCGCCGUUCCAGUAUCUUCCUCUGCUUCAGUUCCAGCUUCUGCUCCAUUUGUUGCUCCGUCGACCGAAACUGCUCCUGCUCCUGCUGCUACCGCUGUUCCAGUAUCUUCCUCUGCUUCAGUUCCGGCUUCUGCUCCAUUUGUUGCUCCGUCAACUGAAGCUGCUCCCACUCCGGUAUAUUCCUCUGCUUCAGUUCCGGCUUCUGCUCCAUCCGUUGCUCCGUCGACUGAAGCUGCUCCUCCUCCAGUAUCUUCCUCUGCUUCAGUUCCGGCUUCUGCUCCAUCCGUUGCUCCGUCAACUGAAGCUGCUCCCACUCCGGUAUAUUCCUCUGCUUCAGUUCCGGCUUCGGCUCCAUCUGUUGCUCCGUCGACUGAAGCUGCUCCUUCUCCAGUUGCUGCUUCCACUCCAGUAUAUGCCUCUGCCUCUGCAUCAGCUCCAGCUUCUGCCUCUGCUGCUGUCCCUCCCCCUGUCUCUGCCCCAGUCCCUGCUGCCGCUCCUUCCUAUGCGGCCUCCUCGGCCGCCGCCCCCGCCUCUGAAGCCGCCCCUGCUGCCUCCCCGGCUCCUGCUGCUGCGCCUGUCCCUGUUAUUGCACCGGUUCCUAAUGCUGGUCCUUCGUAUGGAGCGGGGUCAAGCAAUGCUUCGGGUUACAAUGGGUCCUAUGACAACCCUGACAACAGUUCAGGGUCGUAUGGAUCUGGAGCUGCUCCAGCUCCGGCUUCCAGCUACGGGUCUAGUCCAGGAUCUGCCUAUUCUGCUCCAGCUCCUAGUUCCUCUGAUACUCCUGCCACUACCUACGCGAGUUCUCCGGCUCCUGCUUCCAGCUACGGGUCUAGUCCAGGAUCUGCCUAUUCUGCUCCAGCUCCUAGUUCCUCUGAUACUCCUGCCACUACCUACAUGAGUUCUCCGGCUCCUGCUUCCAGCUACGGGUCUAGUCCAGGAUCUGCCUAUUCUGCUCCAGCUCCUAGUUCCUCUGAUACUCCUGUCACUACCUACGCGAGUUCUCCGGCUCCUGCUUCCAGCUACGGGUCUAGUCCAGGAUCGGCCUAUUCUGCUCCAGCUCCUAGUUCCUCUGAUACUCCUGUCACUACCUACGCGAGUUCUCCGGCUCCUGCUUCCAGCUACGGGUCUAGUCCAGGAUCGGCCUAUUCUGCUCCAGCUCCUAGUUCCUCUGAUACUCCUGCCACUACCUACAUGAGUUCUCCGGCUCCUGCUUCCAGCUACGGGUCUAGUCCAGGAUCGGCCUAUUCUGCUCCUGCCCCGGCUCCUGCUCCGGCUCCUGCUCCGGCUCCGGCUCCGGCUCCGGCUCCGGCUCCUGCCCCAGCACCAGCACCAGCACCAGCACCAGCACCAGCACCAGCACCAGCACCAGCACCAGCUCCGGCCCCGGCCCCGGCUCCUGCUCCUGCUCCUGCCCCAGCUCCGGCUCCGGCUCCGGCUCCGGCUCCUGCCCCAGCUCCGGCUCCUGCCCCAGCACCAGCACCAGCACCAGCACCAGCACCAGCACCAGCACCAGCACCAGCUCCUGCCCCAGCACCAGCACCAGCACCAGCACCAGCUCCUGCCCCAGCACCAGCUCCGGCUCCCGCCUCUUCGUACUCGUCUUCUGCCCCCGCACCGCCUCCAGCACCAGCCCCGGCUCCUGCUCCUGCUCCAGCUCCUGCUCCUGCUCCAGCUCCAGCUCCAGCACCAGCUCCGGCUCCGGCUCCGGCUCCUGCCCCAGCUCCUGCCCCAGCUCCGGCUCCUGCCCCAGCACCAGCUCCGGCUCCUGCCCCGGCUCCGGCUCCUGCACCUGCACCAGCCCCGGCUCCCGCCUCUUCCUACUCGUCUUCUGCCCCCUCGGUUCCGACUCCUGCCCCUGCACCGCCUCCGGCUCCAGCUCCAGCUCCAGCUCCUGAACCAGCUCCUGCUCCUGCUCCUGCUCCUGCUCCGGCUCCUGCUCCUGCUCCUGCUCCAGCUCCUGCUCCUGCUCCCGCUCCAGCUCCUGCUCCUGCUCCCGCUCCAGCUCCUGCUCCUGCCCCUGAACCAGCUCCAGCUCCAGCUCCUGCUCCUGCCCCGGCUCCUGCUCCAGCUCCUGCCCCUGAACCAGCUCCAGCUCCGGCUCCUGCCCCAGCCCCAGCUCCGGCUCCGGCUCCGGCUCCGGCUCCAGCCCCAGUGCCUGCCCCUGUCCCAUCAUAUUCGACUUCUGCAGCUCCUGCUCCCAGCUCGUCUGAAACUCCUUCUCCUAGCUCAUCUGAAGCUCCUUCUCCCAGCUCGUCUGAAGCUCCUGCUCCUAGCCCGUCAUACUCGACUUCUGCAGCUCCAUCUCCUAGCUCUUCGGAGACCCCUGUUCCAUCUCCUAGCUCUUCCGAGACCCCUGUUCCAUCUCCUAGCUCUUCGGAGACCCCUGUUCCAUCUCCUAGCUCUUCCGAGACUCCUGCUCCAUCUCCUAGCCCGUCAUACUCGACUUCUGCUGCUCCAUCUCCUAGCUCUUCGGAGACCCCUGUUCCAUCUCCUAGCUCUUCAGAGACCCCUGCUCCAUCUCCUAGCUCUUCAGAGACCCCUGCCUCAUCCUCUGGGUCUUCAGAGGUCUCCUCGAGCGCUGCGUACUCGUCGGCUGCUCCCACAUCAUCAGCUCCCAGCUCAUCAGCAGCUCCCAGCUCAUCAGCAGGUCCUAGCUCAUCAGCAACUCCUAGCUCAUCAGCAGGUCCUAGCUCAUCGUCUGCUGCCCCGUCAUCAACUACCGGCUACUCCUUGGCUGCCCCUACUACCCCUGCUGAGGAGUCCUCGACUGAUGCUUCUUCUGCUGCCACCUCGCCCGUUUACACUGGUGCGCAGCCCGAUGGUGACUACAGCCCCAAGCGUGCUCGUGCCCGCCGAGGCGUCAAGCGCACCCGCAAGGGUGCCAGAGGCCAGGCUCCACGCCAGAACCGUGGUCGAGCCAACCGCAGGCGUGUCAUCUACAACCCGCGCGUCAAGCCUGCCGCCCAUGCCGCCAAGCGGGCUGGCCGUGCAGCUGUCGCCUCCAAGGCCCAGGCCCAGGCCUAA